AUGCAACCGCCUCGUGCAGUGAUGAGUCAAGCUCGAGUCAUCGCUCCGUCAGCUCGCCCAGAAGUACAACUGCGACAAGUAGAUCUGGAGAAAGUGCUACGAUCGUUUCCCACCACAUGCCAGCAACUGCAGAAAAAAGAAGUGCGGACACUCGAACGAUCUUCGCAUCAAGAAGAAGUUAAAAGCAACCAGAAUCCGGCAUCCGAUUGCGAAGACAACAACGACACGAGCUGUGCACAUGAGAAGGCGGAUGGAUCAUCGUGA